CAGCACAAAGACAACCUGGUGCGGGAGAAGCGAUGCUUAACUUUCCCGAUGUGGACACAACGUACCCGGGCUUAGCUGCGAGUUCGGGGCGGUACCGAAAUAUUAGAUGUAUUCUGUAGUUCUCCUUUAAUGAAAUAACCGGCUAACGUCGCGUUAGCGAGCUGCGCUCCGCCGGGCUCAAAAUAACGUCAGCUGUUUACUACUAUCACACUGUAGCGUGCGUGUGCGCGCACACUACCGAUAUAACCGGGUACAACGAGAGCGGCCCGUGUCACUCAGGUUAGAGUUCACCUCGCUGUAAACCAGAAUAUAACGUUAGUCUGACAUCAUGGUGAACCAGGUUCCGCGGGGGGAAGGCAGCUGGCAGUCGAGCGACUCCAGCGGGGCCAGCAACAGCUGCGGGGAGAGCUCCAAGGAGAGCUCCCGGUGCUCCACGCCGGUGCUGGACGCAGACCGCUCGGACAGGCUGCGGGACAAGAUGCGGAGGAGGACGGAGUCCGGAGACCGCUGGUUCUCGCUGGAGUUCUUCCCUCCCCGCACAGCCAGCGGGGCCGUGAACCUCAUCUCAAGAUUUGACCGCAUGGGCUCCGGGGGGCCGCUGUUCAUCGACAUCACCUGGCACCCAGCGGGGGACCCGGGCUCAGACAAGGAGACUUCGUCCUUGAUGAUUGCCAGCACAGCGGUCAACUACUGCGGCCUGGAGAGCAUCCUCCACCUCACCUGCUGCAACCAGACCAAAGAGAAGAUCACGGGCCACCUGGCCAAGGCCAAGCACCUGGGCCUCAAGAACAUCAUGGCCCUCAGAGGAGAUCCGGUGGGAGCCGACUGGGAGGAGGAAGAAGGAGGCUUCAACCACGCCAUCGACCUCGUCAAACACAUCCGAUCUGAGUUUGACGAUUACUUUGACAUCUGUGUGGCAGGUUACCCCACGGGCCACCCCGAGGCAGAGAGCUACGAGCAGGAUCUCAGACACCUGAAGGAGAAGGUAGACGCUGGAGCAGACUUCAUCAUCACCCAGCUGUUCUUCAGAGUGGACACGUUCUUCAAGUUUCUGGAUGACUGCAGGGCGAUUGGCAUCACGUGCCCCAUCCUACCUGGAAUCUUCCCCAUUCAGGGCUAUCAGUCGCUGCGCCAACUCGUCAAGCUGUCGAAGCUCGAGGUCCCGGAGGAGAUCACCAGAGUCAUCGAGCCCAUCAAAGACAACGACGCCGCCAUCAGGAGCUACGGCAUCCAGCAGGCAGUGGAGAUGUGCCGCGUGCUGCUGGACAGCGGGAAGGUGCCCGGCCUCCACUUCUACACGCUGAACCGUGAGGUGGCCACCAUGGAGGUGCUGCGCCAGCUGGGCCUGUGGAUAGAGGACCCCAGGCGGCCUCUCCCGUGGGCAGUGAGCGCUCAUCCCAAACGCAAGGUGGAAGAUGUUCGACCCAUCUUCUGGGCCUCCAGGCCAAAGAGCUACAUCUACAGGACCCAGGACUGGGACGACUUCCCCAACGGCAGAUGGGGGAACUCGUCCUCUCCGGCCUUCGGUGAGUUGAAUGACUACUACCUGUUCUACCUGAAGAGCAAGUCCUCCAAAGACGCCCUGCUGCAGAUGUGGGGCCACGAGCUGAAGAAUGAAGAGAGUGUCUACGAGGUCUUCACCUGCUACAUCACCGCUCAGCCAAACUUCAGCGGACACAAGGUGAUGUGUCUGCCCUGGAACGACGAGCCUCUGGCCCCUGAGACCAACCUGCUGAAGGACGAGCUGGAGAAGGUGAACAGACGAGGAGUCCUCACCAUCAACUCUCAGCCCAACAUCAAUGGCAAACCCUCCACAGACCCCAUCGUGGGCUGGGGACCAGCCGGGGGCUACGUCUUCCAGAAGGCCUACCUGGAGUUCUUCACCUCUAGCGAAAACGUGACCGCUCUCCUCAAAGUGCUGAAGAAGUACGAGCCCCGGGUCAAUUAUCACAUCGUUAACGUGCACGGCCGGAACCUGACCAACGCCCCCGACAUGCAGCCCAACGCCGUGACGUGGGGGAUCUUUCCAGGCAGGGAGAUCGUUCAGCCCACAGUGGUGGACCCGGUCAGCUUCAUGUACUGGAAGGACGAGGCCUUCGCCUUGUGGAUCGAGCAGUGGGCCAAGCUGUAUGAAGACGAGUCCCCGUCCCGGAUGAUCAUCAAGUACAUCCAUGACAACUACUUCCUGGUCAACCUGGUGGACAACGACUUCCCACUGGAGAACUGUCUGUGGCAGGUCAUCGACGACAUGUUCGAGCUGCUGGACGCUCCUACUGAGCCUCUGAGCGACGCGGCGCUCGCUCAGUAAAUCUUAGGACCAGAGAACACUACAGAACUAUUUUAUGCAUUAUCUAAAAAGCUGCUAUUUACAGACAGAGCAGAGUAAGAAGUGUCCUUCAGUAUUUUAUAGGAGUUUUUAUGGAUGUUUUUAAAGUGUCCUUCAUCCUCGCAGCACUUCCAGCUGAUAAACUACACUUCCUGCUCACACAGGUGACCCGCUCAACUUUUCACACCUGAAAACAAACCUCACAGAAUGAGUUGUGAUGAAUUUAUACUUUUUAUUUUCAUGGAAGAAAAUAAUGAAAAGCUAUAUUUUAAUAAAAUAUUUUAAAUACUGUGUGCAGUUAGAGGAGAGGACCGACAGCUGCACCUGCUGCCUGAACACCUUUUAAACAGACGUCGUAUUUAUUUGUUCUAUCUGAAACUAAUUAAAUCAUUUUUCACUUCAA